AGAAUGUUUGUAUAUAAAACCACCAAACUCAAAAUCUGGUCAAGAAACAAAAUUCCUCUUCCCCUUCCUCUUUUAUAUCGCUGUAAUAUCUGUGUUUCAUCGAUCGAUCGAUCGAUGGCAGUGAUGGACACAUGCUACAUAUCGCACGGCUCGCCGACGCUCGCGAUCGAUGAGGCGGCGGAGGCGAGGGCUUUCCUGCAAUCAUGGGAAAAGAACGGGCUCAGUCCCAGACCUAAAUCGAUUCUGGUAAUUUCUGGUCACUGGGAGACAAAAUUCCCCACCGUCAAUGUUAUCAGAGGCAACCACGACACCAUCCAUGAUUUCUAUGGCUUCCCUCAACAAAUGUACAAGCUGAAGUAUCCAGCACCAGGAGCUCCUGAUUUGGCAAUGAGGGUGAAGGAAUUGCUCAUGGCAUCUGGGUUCAAGAAGGUCGAUGAAGACAAAAAGCGUGGACUUGACCACGGCGCAUGGGUACCACUAAUGCUGAUGUAUCCUGAGGCUGAUAUUCCUGUGUGCCAACUCUCUUUGCAGACAGAUAUGGAUGGGACUUACCAUUACAACUUGGGCAAAGCAUUGGCUCCUCUCAGAGGGGAAGGUGUCCUCAUCAUGGGUUCUGGAAGUGCUACUCACAACUUAAGGACCCUUCAAUUUGGUAGCAAGUCUGUCGCUUCUUGGGCUUUGGAGUUCGAUACCUGGCUCAAAGAUGCUCUCCUCCAAGGAAGGUACGAAGAUGUGACCAACUAUGAAGAGAGAGCACCUCAUGCGACAAAAGCUCACCCUUCGCCAGACCACUUCUAUCCCUUGCAUGUAGCUAUGGGUGCUGCAGGUGAAAACGCCAAGGCAAAACUCAUCCACCAUAGCUGGGAACUUGGUACUCUUUCUUAUGCAUCUUAUCAAUUCUCAACAAACAAAUAAUUAUUUAUGGGGCUAAUAAAACCGCAUUCGGAAGCUUGAUUUACCCUCAAAA